AUGUCUGAGACUCCCGGAGAUCCAUCUAUUUUAUCAUGUGAUGCAAACGAGCGUAAAUUGGCACGCAGACUUCGUAUUCAACGACGUUCAGAAGCCCGACAUAGACUAAUAAAAGCUGACAAUGAAGAAACCACUAAAAUCAUUCUCGUCGAGAAGCAAAUACUCGAUAGUGUGGAAGCUUUAGAAAAGUUGGCUGCAGAAGGAGAUGAAGUGGUUGCCGGCGUCAGAGUGGCGAACGAUAUGAAGGAAUUGCAAAGGCGAAAGGAGAUGCAAGAGAAGAGACAAAGUUUGUUGCAGGUGCUCGAAGAGGAAAACGAAAAGUGCAUGGAGAAUUACCGUGAUAUCAUGGAAAAAUGGCCGGAAAUUCUUGCCUCGAAAGACCCGAUAGAUAUUCACGAUGAGCUGGAAAUUCAAAAUUCGAAAUGUCUCGAAAUGUUGGCGAAAAAAGAUGCCUUAAUUGCGGAAUUGAAGGAAGAAUUAGAGGAGGCCGAUUUGAAGUAUGUCGAGGAUGUGAACAAACAAAAGGAGGAUAUCGAUUUGCUUAUCGAAAGGACGGAAAAUCAAAUACGAAUAAUGACGAAAGCCUACCGCCACGAAACGGAACUGAUCGAAAAAGUAAUCGAAACGGAGCACAAAAUUCUUUUACAAUCCUCCACGGAGAAGUGGAACACGCUGUAUAAAAAGAUUCAGGAGGACACUGUGGAAGCAAGGGAAAAGAAGAAACAAGUGAUGCUUGAAUACGAAGAAGAAAUGAAGAAAGCAAUGGUGGAACAUCAGGAGGAAUUUAGAAGACAAAAGACCACCUUCUGUAUGAUGAACGUCGAGAAAUUGGAUUACAAUUACGCGAUAUUGAAAUGUCGAGAAGAAGAAAAUAUCAUCGUGAAGAAUCAGCAGAAAAGAAAAAUCAACAAGCUUCAGGACACUCUCAAUGAUCUGAAGAAAACUUACGCAGACUUGGAAAAAUCAACGAGGGUAGAAAUUCAAAAACUGACGAAUCAAAUAUUGAAAGCGCACAAAGGUAUAUUAGACGUAGAGGAAAAGUCCAACUAUCUUGCGACCAUUAACGAUAAAAAGUAUAUGGAAAUUUGGGAUAUGAAUAUUAAAACCGCCGACGAAUUAGUGAAUAAGAUAUUAACGGCAGACAGAAUUAUACACGAGCAAUUGUUAUUAAUAGAAUGGCAACAACCGGAAGAGCAACUAUUGAAGAAAGAAGAUUUACCGUCUUAUUGUGGCGCGAUGUGUGCGUUGAAAAAGGAAAAAGAGGAAGCCGAGAAAAGAAAAGUAAUAUCUAAGUCUUAUAAACGAGCAACUAGUUUGGAAGAGAUCAAUUUAGAGCGACGCCUAUUGAAUCAUAUUCUUAAGCUGAUUUCUAAUCACUGUGACUACCUUGUCGAAGAUACUUUAAAGAAGUUACUUUCUGAUUACACAGAAGAGGACAAACUAUUGAUACGACUGGACAAAGUAUUCGAGGCACUGAAAAUUACAUCCGAACAAGAAUUUCAAUAUUUAUUGAACUUCUUCUUACCGUAUGCGCACUGUCCCGUUUGCAAGGACAAAAUUGAAAACACACCGAAUGUUUGUGAAAGAUCUGGAGAAAGUACGGAAAGUUCUUCGUCUCUAACCACUUUACCUAAAGUUUGCGGUAGCGAAACGUUCAAUACGGAAGAGAGUAAGUUAGUGACAGCUGCGGAGGAAGCACUUUGUUGUGUAAAACUAGAUGACGACGAAGACGAAAAUACUACCGCUACGAAAAAUAUAUCGCAGUCUUCUUCAACUGAAGAAACAACAGCUGCUAAUAUGCAAGUUGUACCAACUUGUGUUUUAGGUGGUAUUGUUGAAGUCACCGAUGCGGACAAUGAAUCAAAACGGUUAUUAGUUUGCGACGAAGGCCACCUGUUGGCGAUUGAAACCAAAUUUGUUUCGAAAUCAUUAAAAGAAUUUGUAGAGAGAUACGAGUUUGUUAAGAAUGAAGAAGAGUUUUCGCACACUAAUAAAAAAGAGAAAAUGACAGUAUCUCGAAGUAUAACGGACAAAGAUAUAACCGAAUUUUGGCAACGGUAUCAGAAUAUUUUUUCGGAAGAUAAAAAGAGAUUAUGGGAAAACUUGCUGGUUGGUCUUAAAAAGUAUCAUGCAAUAUUAAAAGAGAGACAUCAAUUAAAUAGCGAAACAGAAUCGUUGCGGAAACAGAAUGCAGAAAUGCGUCGUUUAUUAAGCAGACAUAUGGUACAGUUGAUGUCAUCGAACUGCCAACUCCUUUGUCACCCCACCCACCUAAGCAUCAAUGUGCGAUCAACACUAUCUAUGUAUCACAACCGCUGGAGCGGUUAAAUGUGAUAAUA